GGCGACUGAGGCGCACAAUGCCCUUGCUCUGAAACUGCCAGCUUCUUUCACGCGUGGCCCCAUUCCACUUGCAAUGAACAAAGACGCGUGUUACACGUACAUUCACAUGCAGCGUCCGCGCGAUGCCGACCUGUUUGAAGACUUCUGCAAGGACAAACUCCCUGCAGACGACAUCUACGUACCGCCUCACUUGCAGCCCAUCAACCCGGAAGAUGAGGACGACGUGGUUCCCGAUCAGCAUGCCGCAUUUGGAAUCCAGAAGGCUACGCAAAAGGUCCGCGAGCCCGCGUGGAGGGAUCUGGGACUGGGAGAGCUGAUGACCCGCGGUCCGGCCAUAGGAUCGGCGCCGAAGGGACGUGCCAGGGGAAAGCGGAGGGGAGGCGCGGCUAGCCAGUUCAAAGGCCUGCCACGUUGAGGGGGAUCCGACGGCAGCGUUUUCUUUUCCUUUUCGGGUAUUUUUACACAUCGCAUUGCUAGGCGUCGGUCGGGAAAGGUAGAAUGGCGAUUCCCAGGGAUGGCGUUACGGACAAUUUCACAAUAUGACAAGCAUGCUCAACCCUCAACCUUGUCUAGCCACCCCCUCCGCAACCGUGACAGUGGAUAUCAAUGCUCUACUUGAUCCUCGCCCAUGAACCACAAUCAAUCCCAGAAAAAGACAAACCGACCCCCCAAGCGCCUCAAAACCCCAAGAUGAACAAGUAACCCAGCAGCCCAGCUCCCGUAAUACCAC